ACCGAAUGGUGUUUUCAGGUUUGUUAGAAGUUCCUUGGACCUUGGGUAAAUUAAACUAGAAAACAUAAGGCUAAUAUAGUUGAUUGAUUGUAAUGAAAAUGACAUUUAACUACUGUCCAUCUUGCUUGAAGGAAACGGAGUCAGUGGAACAGUAUUUUGCCAGUGGGCCGCAGUUACUAUGCGGAGUGUGUGAUGCCAUAAUUGAAGAUUCCCCAAUUUGCAAUCCAGAUUCUCCAGGAAGCGGGGAACAGUAUAGUCGCCAGCCGAAUCCAGAUUGGUCGGGGCUGUGCUCUUCCACAAAAUGGAACUGUCUUGCUGUCCUCAAGCAAGAAGACAGCCAACGUGGCCAGCAGUAUCGGAAAACUAUCGAGAAAAAGCAGUCUAUUCUGUAUCGUACGAUCUGCGAUUCCAUUGAGUCAACAGCCAGUAAACUGAAUUUAGAUGCUCUCUUGAUCAGGCAAAUCCAGAACAAAUACGAAGAGGUCCGGGCACCGCACGGUGUUGUGGGGGCGCGUAACCGGCGCCAUAUCGCGCCAGCAUUGGGUGUUGCGUGUAUCUUGUGGGUUUGUCGCCAGCAGGGAUUGGAUUUGCCUGCUGAUCGACUGGCAGCUAUUAGUGAAGUGAAGAAAAAGGAUUUGUUGGGCGCGCUUAUGUAUCUGGAGAAACGUUUUGGAUUCCCUGCCAAUCGUCUGUCCGAAAUUUCCCCGAUUUUUCAGGAUCGUGAUUUGGAAGCAGAUGUGCAAAAUCUGAAAAAAUCUUUAACGGAACAACAUUUCGAUGAAGCGGAUACACUGAUGAAAAGUCUGUCACGACUGCGAAUAAUCCCCGACAGCUGCACUAUGGAGGGCUUUAUUGUGUGUGCCUUUUAUUUAAUGGGAAGAAAGAAGUUAACGAAAAAGAAUUCCGGUUUAAAAGGAUUUUGUAAAACGUUUGGAUUGGAAUGUUCUCGACGUUUGGAGGCCGUGAAGGAUGGACUGGACAAUGCGAUGCCCAUGUUAGUUGCUCAUCUCAAUAUUCAGUACACUGUGACUGCUAAUCCAUACUGGAUUUCGCAUGUUCGGGACUUUGUGACCAUUUUGAACGGAGUGGAUGCGAAUGAGGUUCCGCAGCGCGUUUUGGAUUGUUUAAAAAGUGUCUUGUAG